CUUCUCGCACGAGUUCACGCGAUUUGCGCUAACGUGAUUCCUUGAGGAAGUCUUUUACGCAUAGGUUACACUCAAACACAUACGCAGGGCUUAUGAAGAAUGGUAUUCAAUAGACGAAGUUAGCACUUCAUCGUCGUUUCAUUCAUAUCGUUGGUCGCGGCUAGUUUUUAUCCUGCAACAGAAAUUGUACAUGUUCGCUGGAGAAAACGAUGAAAUGUUCUGAAUCAAUGGAUGAUCAUGGAAUGAUUGGACUUUUUGACCGUUUAAAUAUCUUCUGAAGACAGUUUUUCUAAUCUCCAAAGUAUUUAUCUUGGAUUAAAUUUCAUUCAAAAUUCAAGAACCAGAGUAUCUUUAACGCACGCAACGAAAUGGAACGAAAAACGAUAAUAACAUGGAACAACCGAAGCAUUUUAUUGGUUUUGUACCUUUUUGUGACAUCGAUUAUCUUCACUGCGGCAUACGAUCCGGAUGACAAAUCUUUGAAGGAUAUUCUUUUACCCGAGGGUCAAUUCGAAGCAUUUUACUUGAAAGGUACGCAAGAUGAAGAGCAAAACGCUGUGAGACCACCUCAUCUUCAUGGAUCUUUUCAUCAGUAUCGAAAUCCUGCACUGGUUAGCGUGCCGAAUAGUGCUGCUUACGGAUUUCGCUUCGACGGAAAACGCCGUUUUAACUUUAAUUGAAUUGUCAUGAACAAUUACACUUUAAAAUUAAAAAGAAACAUUUAUAUUAAAAAAAUUGAUGUUUUCACAGCGAGAAUUUUGGCUAUCGUUGA